UUAUUGCAGCGUCCCACCUUCCCGAGCAGGAUGAUUGACGUGUUCACAGAGGACCGAGGUGAGACUCGCGCGCUCCUUCUUCUCCAAUCGCGGCUCGAGGGGCGGAGGCUUUUCCCUCCGCGCUCCGGUUGUGAGUCAGUCGGGCAGACACGAGCGGAACAAUAACCCUUGGUGGCCACUUUGUGUCCCAGAACCUUUUGAAAGGCGACUUGAGCGCUCGAGCGCAUGGACGACGCGGCGGCGGAGGACUCGAAGGGGAGAGGGCGGAGGGGGGGGGGGCGGCGGGGGGGCGACGCGCUCCACUUUUAAUCCGAUUAGGAGCCUUUUUUAAAUGUUCAUUCCUGUGGGUUUUUCCCCCCGACGGGAGCGACGCAGCAGCGGCUGAAUCCGAAAAGCAGCGAUUCCGAUCCGAUUUCACCUAAAAGCAGCUGUGAGAGACACCGGGGGGGGAGAGAGAGGGGGAGAGAGAGAGAGAGAGAGGGAGCGUUUGUCAAUCUCCCUCCUCCCAAAUCCAGAAAAGCUUGCCAAGGAAAAAGAAGGAGUGUCGGCGCUGACAGAGACGCGGAGGAAUUUCCGAGGAUAUUUUUCUUCUUCCUCUUCUUCUUCCUCUUUGAUAUAUUCCGAAAUUGAAAAGUUGGAGGCGAAGCAGCCAGCAGGCACCGCGGUCGAUGAUGGACGAGCAGCCGCGGUUGAUGCACUCCCACGGGGUGGGCAUGGCCGGACACCCCGGCCUGGCGCAGCAUAUGCAGGACGGCACGGCGGGGACGGACGGAGAGGGACGGAAGCAGGACAUCGGAGACAUAUUACAGCAAAUCAUGACCAUCACAGACCAAAGCUUAGACGAAGCACAGGCGAGGAAACAUGCACUGAACUGCCACAGAAUGAAACCGGCUCUCUUCAACGUCUUGUGUGAAAUAAAAGAGAAAACAGUGCUCAGUAUCCGUGGCGCCCAGGAGGAGGAGCCGCCAGAUCCUCAGCUGAUGCGACUAGACAACAUGCUGCUGGCGGAGGGCGUGGCCGGGCCCGAGAAAGGCGGCGGGUCGGCGGCCGCCGCGGCCGCUGCCGCGGCCACCGGCGGCAUCGGCGCCGACAACUCAGUAGAGCACACCGACUACCGGGCCAAGCUGUCUCAGAUUCGACAAAUCUACCACACAGAGCUGGAGAAAUACGAGCAGUUGGACAUCGUCCCGACUGGUGGUGGAUAUGGACAGAGGCAAAACUUUAAAAAAAAUGCGUGCAAUGAGUUCACCACCCAUGUGAUGAACCUGCUGAGGGAGCAGUCCCGCACCCGACCCAUCUCGCCCAAAGAGAUCGAGCGCAUGGUCAGCAUCAUCCACCGCAAGUUCAGCUCCAUCCAGAUGCAGCUGAAACAGAGCACCUGCGAGGCCGUCAUGAUCCUGCGCUCGCGCUUCCUCGAUGCCAGGCGAAAGAGGAGGAACUUCAACAAACAGGCGACCGAGAUCCUGAACGAGUACUUUUACUCCCACCUCAGUAACCCCUAUCCCAGCGAGGAGGCCAAAGAAGAGCUGGCUAAGAAAUGCAGCAUCACAGUGUCGCAGGUAUCAAACUGGUUUGGCAACAAGAGAAUCCGGUACAAGAAAAACAUCGGCAAGUUCCAGGAGGAAGCCAACAUGUACGCGGCGAGGACCGCGGUCAGCGCCACCAGCGUGUCCGCUCACGGCAGCCAGGCCAACUCCCCGUCCACCCCCAAUUCAGCAGGUUCCGCCGGCUCUUUUAACAUGUCAAACUCCGGAGACUUGUUCAUGAGUGUGCAGUCCCUCAAUGGGGACUCGUACCAAGGGGGGCAGGUUGGGGCCAACAUACAAUCCCAGGUGGAUACCCUUCGCCAUGUUAUCAGCCAGACCGGAGGAUACAGUGACAGCCUCGCAGCCAGCCAGAUGUACAGUCCACAGGGCAUCAACACAAACGGCGGCUGGCAAGAUGCUCCGACUCCUUCGUCGGUGACAUCGCCCACAGAAGGACCCGGAAGCGUUCAUUCGGAUACUUCCAACUGAAUACAUCCGUCUCUCCAUCGCAUCCACAAAAACCCCACGGACUGACCUUGCUAUUUACAGUGUUAAACAAAGGGAUUCAAUGCACCACAGUUUGAAGAGGUACUGUGAAUUCCCAACCAGAAAAAAAAAAAAACACGUAAUAUUUCCUCUGCUUAUGACGUUGGACAUUUGGGAUACAGUUAAAAUCCAAACAAUAUCAAUGGAGACGUUUGUACAGAUUUCACAUUAUAUUCAGGGGGCUGGGGUUACUUAUUCACUCGUAAUGUUUUCACUCAUAAUGAUGAAAUGAUAUGAUAAAGUAAAUGAAUCAAAUCAUUGGUUUUAGGUGAAAAUAUGUCAUUCUACCUCUCAGCCACUAAAAAAAGUAGAAAAAAUAUGUCAGUGACCAUUAUUUGUUUUGUAAAAAUGAAACUUUUGUCUUUGCAAGGAAGAGGCGCAUCUUCUUACUUACAUUUUGUUGUCUCUCACCCGUUCUAUGGUACGCCGUUUAGACCUAAAUAUUGCUCAGUUGUUUACAAUGUGUGCUUGUCCAUCUUCCCCCUCUGUCUCCGACGAGUCAAAACUGAGUCCUGUCAGGAGAUUUUACCUCUAAGGUAACCCUGUGAAGUAUGUUAUCUGUAAAACAAUAAAUAAAUACUUGUCAUCAAAUCGGACAAGCUGGACAUCAUUCAUUAAGAUGGAGGAUAAACAACUUAAAAGCUAUAUUUUUUAGGCCUGGCUGUGGUUCUGCAGCAUGUUGGUACAGUUACAGUGGCAGAAUUCCUGCAGGAUUCACUGACGCAGUGAGAGAAGAAAACAGGAAUUUUGCUGGACGCCGGACAAUGAGAAAACUUUCUUUAAUCCACUUGAAUGCUUCAUGAUAUUUCUCAAUAUUUUCCAUCACCACAGAAGAAAAGUUUGUGCCGAUGGCAAAAUGCUGAUUCAUCCAAAACAAGCGAAAAAGAAGUCAUCAUGUAGUCGUCAUUUAAAUGACCGUGUUCUGUCAUUCAGCUCUGGUGCUACAAUCAAAUGAGUGACACUGUCCCAUCAAAUGAAAUACGAGAAGAAAUAUCACUUUCUACGGAAGGGAAAGUUUGUCAAGAGCGUCUGUAACCGAGUUUGUUUUUCAGUACAUGAACCACAAUCCACUUAAACAGGGAAGUCAUUAUGUUAAUGGAGUUUUAUGGUGGAUGCUUUCUCCUCAACCUGCAGCACAGAUGCAGAAAUGCUUCAGAACGUAGCCGCUGAUCAUCGUCAGGAAACAAGCAUCUGGAUGCACCUGAACUGCUGCUCGGCUCGAACAAGUGUAAAGAUAAUGCUUUAUGUUCCCCAUUUUAAUGAAUGAUAUCCUCUUCUGGUCGUUUAAAUAAGUAUUAAACAAUAGCAUUCUGCUGGUACUGCUUUAGCAACCCUAGAAUUGACCACAUAAAAAAUGUAAACAUUUGAUUUCAUGCUUGUCUCCGUGCUUUUAUACUGAUUUUUUCUUUCAGUAUAAAACAUUUCUGAACAUUGUAAAUGUUUCCCAUCAAGCACUAAAGAAGGGACAAAUCUGAUAAUGUGUUUUCUGAGCAGUCUAACAUUGUUUAUAGACACUUUUUUAUGUUGUGUGGCUUCUUUGUAUUUGCUUUUGUUUUUUAUGGUAUGCUUAAUGUAGGCUACUAACUCUUUUUUUUUUUGCUCACCCACUCCGGUGGAUCGGCUCAUGAACUUUGCCAGAUGUGUUUAUGUGCACCGUUGUGCUUGACUUGCUUUGUUGGAAAAGGUUUUCAACACAUUAAAAAUGAUAUGUAAUACA